AUGCUCGACGAAAACACGAAAACAGGCGCCAGUUCAAUCGAGUUCAUCGAAACCUUUUUCUCCUCACCGCUCCGUACAGUUGCCAUGUGCGUUUUUGGGAUCGGUCUUCCCUCAAGUCUGUUUCGACAGCUUUCCCCCGCAUUUUGGCAGACCUGGCUUGUAGGCUCGAUAACGAUGGCUGGAUUGCUGUUGCGGGCGACGUUUCAAUUCCGUUUCGAGAGGAAGACAUUUCUUGGAAGGAAAGCCUUGCUGCUUCCUUGUAGGUUUCGCUCUGAGCAGCGCCAGGGCGAGGCUAAUGCAGAUACACUGAAUGUGCUGGAAACAGAGCAGAUGCGGGGUGUGGGUCUGAACAAAAGGAGUGCGAACGUCCCAUAUCGUGGCCGACCAGAUGUCAAUAUACCACAAUCCUCACGUCCGCAUUUGCCUUCCUUAAUAACAGUCACACUCGCUAUGCGCUCGGACGGACUAUGGCCGUGGUAUGAAGCUACUUUGGAGACCCUGGCAGUAGGAAUCUGCUUGUAUGGAACCAUUAGUCCUGGGGAGCACCUUGUUCUUGACGUGCGAACAGAGCAUCAUAUACUUGGUGAUCACUAUACUCAGUCUGGCGGCGCGUAGGAUUACUCUGCUCUGUUAUGAUCAUGGCAUCUCCUUGUUCGUGAAGAUGCCCAAUCUUUAUGUAUCAGGGUCUGUAUCCCCGCUUCCUUGCACUCACAAAAAGAUCCUCCUUCGCUCUAUACGACCUAUCGAGUUACAAACGGGCUCAUUUUGUCGCAGUUGUGCGUUGAAGCACCCAUCUGCGCGACGUCCCUGGGGUCCUUUCAGAUUUAUAACAGCCACUCAUAGCCCAUGCAUUAUAUAUAACACAUAUCAUCAAGUGAUAACCCUUGUCCGUGUCGUAAUGCAACUUACCUGUUCCAUAUCUCUGCGAAUAGAAAAAACGUUAUGGAAUAUAGAAGCAUAC